AUGCCAGCGAACCAAACACAUCGAGAACAACCAGAAAUUGCUUUUCUUCAACCCGUCUCCCCUUUUUCUUUCGUCUUGGGCUGUUUUUCAGAUUGCGAUUACUGACCCAACCCAGAAAGAUUCAAUCUUUUUCAGUUCCGGCUUUUCUUUAUCACCAAUAACUUGUGCUAUCUAUCUUCUUGUAAGCAUCAAAUAUCCUUCUGGUGAAUGGUGCUGCUCCUGUUGUUUAUUGAGUGUCUUAUGCUUGUAUUUCUUGGGCGCUUUUUGCAGGUGAUUCUUGAUAAGGAAUGUUAUCUGGGUUUCGUAGAUCAUGGCCAGAUCUUUUAAUCUUUUGAUCUCGCUGUAGGCUGUGAACCUCUCUAAGUUUUGACACAAGGAAGAGCUGCGGAGUUCUCACCUUCUUGUAAUGCCCAGAUGAGAGGGGAAGUUAUUUACUUAGACUGGAAGAACUUGAAACCAUAUGAAGGAUGGAUUGGUUUAUGGUGGUGGAGAACAGCAGAGGUUUAUGAUCUGAUGAGAUCUUGCUGAGUUGCUGUUAGGAUUUCGGUUUCUAGUGUCGUUUAUCUUUGGGGAUGUGUCUGUUUUGAAACACUGUUUGAUCUACCUAGCUUGUUGGGUUCAUACAAAAGAAACUCGAGUGUGUAGUUCCUAGUGAUGAUCAAACAGAUAUUCAAUAAGCUCCCUCGGAAGCCAUCUAGGUCUGUGGAAAAUCGUGAUGGCGGAAGCUCUGCUUUCUCUCCAAGUCCAAUAGGAGUCAAUUCCAACUCUGCUCCCGGGCUCAAUCAUGGAACUAAACUUCCCCAGGCUGUAAAUGCAAAGGAGAAUGGGAGUUCGGGAGUUUCUCCCUAUGAAGCCUUGUUGCCGAGUUUUAGAGAUGUUCCCAAUUCCGAGAAGCAAAGUUUAUUCAUAAAGAAACUGAACUUAUGUUCUGUGCCGUUUGAUUUUACUGAUCCCACAAAAAACUUGAAAGAGAAAGACAUCAAACGACAGACCCUGGUAGAGCUUGUUGAUUAUGUUUCCUCUGCAAAUGGGAAAUUCACGGAAAAUUCCAUGCAAGAAAUUGUUAAAAUGGUAUCCGUUAACUUAUUCAGGGUGCUUACUCCUCAGCCUCGUGAGAACAAAAUAUUGGAAGCUUUUGACCUGGAAGAAGAUGAGCCCUUGAUGGACCCUGCAUGGCCCCAUCUGCAAAUUGUGUAUGAAUUCCUUCUCAGGUUUGUGGCAUCACCUGAAACAGAUGCAAAGUUGGCAAAACGAUACAUUGAUCAUUCUUUCGUCGUGAAGCUAUUAGAUCUGUUUGACUCUGAAGAUCCAAGAGAAAGGGAAUACCUGAAAACAGUUCUGCACCGGAUAUAUGGAAAGUUCAUGGUGCACCGCCCAUUCAUUAGGAAAACAAUCAAUAAUAUAUUCUAUAGGUUCAUCUUUGAAACCGAGAAACAUAAUGGAAUUGCAGAGCUGCUGGAAAUCUUGGGCAGCAUAAUUAAUGGGUUUGCAUUACCACUGAAGGAGGAGCACAAACUGUUCCUCGUUCGAGCUCUUAUUCCACUUCACAGGCCCAAGUGCAUACAAAUGUACCAUCAGCAGUUAUCUUACUGCAUUACACAAUUUGUGGAGAAGGACUGCAAGCUUGCCGAUACUGUUAUUAGGGGUUUAUUGAAAUAUUGGCCAAUCACAAACAGUUCGAAGGAAGUUAUGUUCUUAGGUGAGCUCGAGGAGGUCUUGGAGGCUACACAGCCCCCAGAAUUCCAGCGCUGUAUGGUUCCCUUGUUUCAACAAAUUGGUCGUUGCUUGAGCAGCUCGCAUUUUCAGGUGGCUGAGAGGGCCUUGUUUUUAUGGAAUAACGAUCACAUCGAGAACCUAAUCAAACAAAAUCGCAAAGUUAUACUGCCAGUCAUCUACCCUGCCUUGGAGAAAAAUUCAAGAACCCACUGGAAUCCAGCAGUGCAAAGCUUGACUUUGAAUGUAUGCAAACUUUUCUCUGAUAUUGAUCCCGAACUUUUUGAAGAGUGCAUGACCAAAUUUCAGGAAGGCGAGGCCCAAGAACAACAGAAAAAAAUGCAACGUGAAGCAACUUGGAAGCGUCUUGAAGAGAUUGCUGCAAUGAAAGCUGCAAGUAACGAACCAGUGCUCGUCUCUCGAAAGCUGACUCCUCGUGCAUCAUCUGGCUAGGUGGUACCCGAUAUGCUAUUUAUGCAGAAAUAGCCUCAUUGCGCUCGGUGGUAUGUACAAGGAUAGGAAUCAUAAGCAAGGAACUCGAUUUAUUGUAAUGGGAAAAUCACACUAGUCUUUCUUUCUUGGCGUUUUCAUUAUUCCUGAAAUUUUUUGGUUUCACAGGUCACAUGGGGUAAAUGGGACACUAUGUUGCAUACGGGAUACCAGGUUACCUCUAUUCAAUUUAGACACGAGGUGUGUACAUAUGGAAUUGGGUGAAAGUGGCUGAAGCUUUUAGUCUGCACUGCACGCUUAGCUUGAGUGAAUUUGGUUAGUAAACUCGGUCUUCAUUGCUCUAGAAAUUAUGAGACUGAAAGGGCUUCAUUUUGCUGGUAGUCUGUUUAGGUAAUUUUGUAGUUUGAAAUUUAUGUACAAUGUUCCGCAGUCAAUAUCGUACUCUAUCAUAAUAUGCUUGACAAAUGCUGCCUGCCUUGAAAUGCAACUAACUCAACUAAGUUUGUAAGCCAAUUUAGUUCUGUUGAAGCCAGGUAUAUGGAUUUUUCUUUCUUCACUCAAA